AUGCGCUCCGUUUACACCUUUCUCGCAGCCGCCCUGUCCCUCGCCCCCGCCGCUCGGUCAUACACGCUCGAGGGCCACGGAGCCCUCGUUGUAUCCGACAUCACCGGCUCGGACAUCCUCGGCUACCUCAACACGGACGGUAAAUGGGCGGACGAAGACCCCGUUGCCUUCAACGGCGGGUCAACUUUAAUGUUCAACGGUCAAUACAAAUGGCUCAUCGUCAAUGACCAAGGAACGAUUACCACUGAUGAGCACGGGCCGGACGGCACGUACUGGGAAGCAUUGACCCACAACAGAGCUGGCGAGCCGACUUUCAUCAUCGCCACAGACCUAUCCGGGGAGGGUGUCUACGGCGGCCCGUUUUGGUAUGCCUCUGCCGUUCCGGUGGGGUCGGAGGCUGUCGCGCUUAGUUCUGAGCCGUUCGAUGGCGCGCAGAAUGUCACGCUUACUUGGUUUGGGUUGAUUUGA